AUGACCUUCCUUCUCCGGCAACCUGCCUCCCACCUUGCCCUGCUGGUGCUCGCCCUCUUCAGCGUCGCCCUGACGGCGGUCAACUCGGCGGAGGAGGACGCCUCGCUGCCGGCGCGUCUCCUCGUUGAGAAACAGGUGCUCAACAAGUACCUGGUGGAGAGCAAGGACAUUCUCAUUCACUACAACAUCUUCAACGUUGGCGGAAGCCCGGCCACCAGCGUCCAGGUCACCGAUGCGGCCUUCUCCCCUGCUCAGUUCGAGGUGAUCAGCGGCUCCACCAAGUUCACCAUUCCCCGCAUUGCUCCCUCUGCCAACGUCACGCACACCGUCGUCGUCCGACCGCUGGAGGGCAUCCGCGGCCGCUUCAACUUCACCGCCGGCGAGAUCAGCUACCUGAGCGAGGGCGCCGCCGAGGUGCAGAUCGGCUACACCAGCGAGCCCGGCGAGGGCUACAUCGUCUCGCUGAAGGAGUUCAACAAGCUCUUCUCGCCCCACUACUACGACUGGGGCGCCUUCCUGCUCAUCUCCCUCUCCACGGUGCUCUUCCCCUACUUCCUGUGGAACUCGAGCAAGAACAAGUACGAGGCGCUCAGCUCAAAGAAGUCCAAAUAG